AGCGAUAGGACCUUGGUGGCCGCUAGCGAGCCAAUGACGUUGUAGCUUUUGUUAAGCAGCAGAAAGAUUCCGCCAUUGCUGGCAUAAUUUUGGUGUGCACGCGCAGUUUAUGGAUGGUGCAAUCCGAUCAUAUCCGCCUGAAGCAGAUGGGUUUACCAUGGUGGGGGCUGAUGAGGUCGGUCUAUAGCUUACGUCCACGGGUCAUCAAAACGCCGAGACUCAACGAAGGCAAUGCAUUGAUGAGCGAAGCUGACAAGCGCAACAUGAAGUAGCAUUGGAAACGUUCAAGCAAGGUUUACUUUUUGCAUCACGAUACCGAUCGCGACAUGGCCACUUCGGUGCACACUGUCUCCCCUACGGGGCCGCAUACCUGCACCGUUGUCUUCCUUCAUGGACGUGGUAGUGACGGUGGCGUUUUCUGCGAAGAGCUUUUCGAAAGUCAAGAAGGGUCAGGACAAUUCUUUGUCGAUAUAUUUCCUGGCAUUAAAUGGGUAUUUCCUAGCGCUGCAGGAUUCUAUGAUAAGAGUGAAGACGAGUUCCAAUGGUUCGAUAUGUCAUCAGUUCAGCGGCCACAGGAUAACGGCGAGAUACAAAAACCAGGAUUAUGGCGAAGCGUCGCGCAGGUUCUUCAAAUCAUCACGGAAGAGGCGGUAAUCGUGGGAAACCAAAAGCUAAUACUAGCGGGUAUGAGUCAGGGAUGUGCUACUGGUAUAUUUGCUCUGCUGGCCUCUGGGUUGCGGGUUGGGGGGUUUGUAGGGCUGAGUGGAUGGCUGCCGCUGGCAGAGGAGGUACAGCGCGUCAUGAAUGUGCCUGGUCGAGAGCAAGAUGUGUUGAAGAUGCCAGUGCUGUUACAGCACUGCAAAGACGACGAUGUUGUACCCGUUGAACAUGGAAAUGAUCUUAGGAAACUGCUUGAAGAGAUAGGCAUGUGCGUCAGAUGGGAGUGCUUCGAGCAGGGUGGGCACUGGCUCAAUGAGCCUCGAGGUAUGGACGGCCUUGUGGAGUUCAUCCAAUCGGUCUUAAGAACUACAUCAGGCAGGGAGAGAACACAGCACUGAGAUUCUGUGAUUGGCAGCGACAUCCAGUGUCA